AUGUAUGCUAACAUUUGCAAUAAUGAGAAAGACCACAGAAUAGGGGCUUUACCUAUGUAUAUGCCUGGGAAAAUGUAUAAUUCCCAGUGCACCACCAUGGAAGAUUUUCGAAAAUUCGAGGUUUUGGGAAACCCCAGUAUAAAAAACAUUGUACAGGAAACUACAAUAAAUGUUCCAAAAAUUCAAUACAAAGAAAAAGUUGUUGAAAUUCCCAGAGUUGAGUAUCGUACAUAUCCUGUAGUAAAAGAUGUAGAGACACCUGUAUAUCAAGAUCGAUAUAUAUAUAAAAAUGUUGAAGUUCCACAAAAACAGGUUAGAAUAAAACCUGUUUAUAAUGUUGUAAAUGUUCCCCAAUAUAAAUAUGUAGAAAAAGCUGUAAAAAAAAAAUAUAAAAGAUUUAAGUAUAUACCUAAAGAAGUACAAGUACCAUUUAGACCUAGAAGAGAAAUAUAUAGUGAGAUUCCUAUGCCUAGAUAUAUACGUCAAUAUGACCAUACUUUUAUAGAACCACAAAAUACAUCUGAUAGUGCAUAUACAAGAGAAUUGCCACUUUUUGAAGGCUAUAAUGAUAAUUUUUUAAAUAUGAUGAACCCAUUUUAUAAUGCAUCAAAUGAUAGAAGAAGAAAUAAUAAUGGCUUUUUAAGUUGUCUUUGUAAUAAUAAUAUUGAUUCGGUGACAUAUGAAAAUUUAGAUCCGCUAUUAUUUUCAGAACCUACACCAUAUAUCUAUAACAAUAAUUAUUAUGGACGUAGUAAUACUUUUUGUUAUUCUGAUGAAAAUGACAGUUUGCAUGAUUACCCACCAUAUGAAAUAUAUGGAUAUAAUUAUCCAAUAAUUAAAACACGUGAUCAGAACUAUUUUUACAAAAGAAUAAUUGAGGCUGCAUCAAGUAUAUUAGCAGCAACAGGAGUUGCUAUUAUAUUAGCAGGUAAAUUGGGUAUAUAUGGAAUUUCUCUACUAUUACAUAAUAAUAAAGAUUCUAUAAAAGAAAUAAAAGAUUGGCCGCACAUUAAACAUAGGCAUAAUGAUUCAAAAAAGGGAGAUACAGAAAUGGACAAGACAAAUGGGAGUCACCUUAACAAGGCAGGCGAAAAAAUAUAA